AGGUCUCACAAUUGUACAGUCUGCCCCCACCCGCGGAACUCCUGUCCCUGCAGAUGAUAUGGAGGAAAUGUUAUGAAGACGGGUUUUAUGCCAAUAAUCAUACGUGUGCAAGAAAACUAGCAUUUCACAGGCUAAAAUUAGGCGUGGAUUUAAAAAUACACAUUGAAGAGCUGUUGAAUCGCCAUCUCUGGAAAAUGGAUCCAGGAUACUUAUUACAUCUCGCUAUUUGAAAUACGUCUCAAUUCAUCUCCUCACUGGCUUUCUUUCUACCACCGACAACAUACCAGGCCGACGUCGACGACAGCUAGCGAGUAUUGCUAGCCACCUAGCUAACACUGCUAGGUUUCCCCAGUUGUUUUUUCUCAGAUGUCCACAAUGACAACUAAGGUCCUGCAUGCUCCACCCACACCUAGCCCUUCCUCUUCGUGAUUGAACAGCUGCUGACUGACCAGAGAGGUGCAAAAUGUCUGUUGCCAUGACUUAAAGACAUCAAUCAAAGAUGGAGAAAAAGAAAAUGUGCCCCCGUCUACUGGACUACCUGGUGGUGGUGGGAGCCAGGCAGCCCAGCACUGACAGCGGGUCCCAGACCCCCCAGCUCCUCCGCCGUUACCCGCUGGAGGACCACCCAGACUUCCCUCUGUCCCCGGACGUGGUCUUCUUCUGUCAGCCUGAGGGAUGCCAGAGCAUCCGGCAGCGCCGGGUCAGUCUGCGAGACGACGCCUCCUUUGUCUUCGCACUCACUGACAAAGACUCGGGCAUCACGCGCUAUGGUAUCUGCGUCAACUUCUACCGCUCCUUCCAGCGAGGGGGGCACCGCCGCGACAAGGCGGGUAGCAGUGGAACGGCGGCACAGACAGUGGAAGCGACCAGCGAGGGUUCGGAUGGCAGCGGUGGCUGCCCCAAUGCCUCCACGUUGCCGAUGCCUGCCAGUGCCGACACAACAACCACACCUAUACCAGGCACGGAGCCGGGACCACCUGGUGGCGAGCCAAAUGCCGGCAGGUCCCCUCGGCACAAACGCAGCACUGCCAAGAUGGUCAGUCAGAACCGCGACAGCACGCUGACCUCGCUGUGCAUGAUCAGCCACUACCCCUUUUUCUCCACCUUUAGGGAGUGCCUGUACAUCCUCAAGAGAAUGGUGGACUGCUGCAGCCACAGGUUGACCCAGCGCGCCGGCCUGCCCCGCGCAACUCAGAGGGACACCAUGUGGCGCGUGUUCACGGGGGCCCUGUUGGUGGAGGAGAAAGGCAGCCAGCUGCUGGCUGACCUGCGGGAGAUCGAGUCCUGGGUCUACCGCCUCCUGCGCUCCCCGGUGCCCGUGGCGGGCCAACGGCGCGUAGAUGUGGAGGUGCUGCCCCACGAGAUGCAGGCGGCACUCACCUUCGCCCUGCCCGACAACUCUCGCUUCUCCAUGGUGGACUUCCCCCUGCACCUGCCCCUGGAGUUGCUGGGUGUGGACGCCUGCCUCAUGGUGCUCAGCUGCAUCCUACUGGAGCACAAGGUGGUCCUCCAGUCGCGGGACUACAAUGCCCUGACCAUGAGUGUCAUGGCGUUUGUAGCCAUGAUCUACCCCCUGGAGUACAUGUUCCCUGUCAUUCCCUUACUGCCCACCUGCAUGGCCUCCGCUGAACAGCUUCUCCUCGCCCCCACCCCUUACAUCAUAGGUGUGCCUGCCAGCUUCUUCCUUUACAAAUCCGAUUUCAAAAUGCCCGACGAUGUGUGGCUCGUGGACCUGGACUGUAACAAGGUCAAAGCACCCACCAAUGCAGAGCACCUACCCCUUCUUCCCGAGCCGGAAUCCACAGAACUCAAGAAACACCUGAAACAGUGUCUGGUUAGGUUGACCGUGAUCACCCAAAAGCAGAUCUUCUCCUCUGACAAUAAGGCCCUGGCCAGCAUGAGUCUCAACACCCAGCCCAUUCUGAACCUGGAGAAGUUCCAGGAGGGCCAGGAGUUACCCCUGCUCCCCCCCGGCCAGAACAAGGCGUCGCCCUCCUCCACCGAGUUCAACCCCCUCAUCUACGGCAACGACGUGGACUCUGUGGAUGUGGCCACCAGGGUUGCCAUGGUGCGGUUCUUCAACUCCCCCAAUGUGCUCCAGGGUUUCCAGAUGCACACACGCACGCUGCGCCUCUUCCCCCGGCCUGUGGUGGCAUUCCAGGCCACGUCCUUCCUGGCCUCUCGGCCCCGACGCUCCGGCUUCGCUGAGAAGCUGUCGCACACCCAGGCCGUGGAGUACUAUGGCGAGUGGGCCCUCAACCCCACCAACCUGGCCUUUCAGAGGAUCCACAACAACGUGUAUGACCCAUCUUUAAUCGGAGACAAGGGCAAGUGGUACGCCCACCAGCUGCAGCCAGUGUUCUACCGUGUGUAUGACGGCAGCUCCCGGCUGGCCGAGGCCAUGAGUGGACCCCUAGAAGAUGAGGCCAACGACUCGGACCCCACAGACGACAGUGCGGCCGACGGAGACAGUGCAGAAGAAGCAGCAUGUGACAGUGAGGCUGGCUACGAUGACUCCAGUUCUUCCUACUCGUCACUUGGAGACUUGGUGAGCGAAAUGAUCAAAUGUGACAUCCAAGGGGACACGCCAAACCUGGAUCCCCCUACCCACGCUGCACUUGGAGACGCCAGCGAAGUGGAGUUCCAGGACUUCCAGGAGUUCAAGGGAGGAGACGGUCCCCUCCCCCAAGAGAAGGCACUGCCCGAGGGGGGCGACGGAGCUCCUGAACCUCCUGAUGGACAAGCCCUCCGCUCGAGCUCCAGCACAACCGCUAGCUCCAGCCCCAGCACAAUCAUCCAGGGAGUCAACAAUGAGCAGGCAGAACCAGUGGAAAUGGAAGCAUUGGCCAGUACAGCUCUACAGAACCCUGUCCCGGGAUUGGGCGCUCCGCCUUUCUCCAGACCUCCCCCAGACGCUGCCCCGGUGGGACCAGCCAAUAAGAAGGGAGAGUACGACAACCCCUACUUUGAGCCUCAGUAUGGCUUCCCCGCUGAGGAGGACCCUGAGGCAGAAGACCAAGAGGAGACGUACACGCCCCGGUUCAACCAGAACCUCAAUGGCAACAAAGCCCAACGCCCCCUGAGGCCCAGCAGCCUAAAGCUGCCCGGAGAGUCGGACGGAGAGGGCGACUCCCGCAACAGUUCUCCAAACUCCACCAUCUCCAACAACAGCAGCGAUGGCUUUGGGGGCCUCAUGUCCUUUGCCAGUAAUCUGUACAAGAACCACGGUUCCAGCUUCAGCCUCUCCAACCUGUCUGUACCCAACAAGGGGGGUCUGAGGGAGAAGGCCGCUGGGGCUGGGCCCUUCCCCAAUCUCAAAGUAUUUGGACUAAAUUCUCUAAUGGAGAUAAUUACAGAGGCCGGUCCGGUGAGUGGAGAAGGAGGCGCCCGCGGUCCCCCCAGGGCGCUUGUUGACCAGAAGUCGUCGGUCAUUAAGCACAGUCCCACGGUCAAGAGAGAGUCCCCUUCGCCCCAGGGUCGUGCCAACAACACCAGUGAGAACCAGCAGUUCCUGAAGGAGGUGGUGCAGAGCGUGCUGGAGGGCCAAGGCGUGGGCUGGCUCAACAUGAAGAAGGUACGCCGCCUGCUGGAGAACGAGCAGCUGCGCGUCUUCGUGCUGAGCAAGCUGAACCGUGCCGUCCAGUCCGAGGAGGAUGUCAGGCAGGAGGUCAUCCGUGAUGUGGAGAUUGGCAGGAAGGUUUACAAGGGCAUGUUAGACAUACUGAAGUGCACCGUUUCUAGUCUGGAACACUCGUACACCAAUGCCGGGCUUGGAGGCAUGGCCAGCGUCUUCGUUCUGCUGGAAAUCGCACGCACCCACUACCAAACCAAGGUAGACCCAGAGAAGCACAAGAGGAGCCCCAGUGACACUGCAAGCAGCCCGGGCAGCAAGGACAGCCCGGCUGCCCGCAUGGAGGGCACCAGGCCCCCGGUGCUCCUCCUCGUUCCCCGUCUCCAACUGCCGCACCCCACCUCGGGGGGAAAAGACACCCACCACUUUGACACCCGGAGUCUGAACGAGGAGAAUUUUAUUGCCUCCAUUGAAUUGUGGAGCAGGCACCAUGAAAAGGAUAAGCAAAAAGCUAUGGAAAAACAACAGAGAGCGGAGGGGGCUAAGAAACAGCACCCUGAGCUGACUGACACAGAGGAGAAGAAGUCCCAGAUCAGUGCUGACAGUGGCCUUAGUGUUACCUCUGGAUCCCAGAAGAGUGACACAGAGUCUGUGACCGGCACUGAACCGCCAGUCCUUACCAGAAGCACCAGCCAGGACUCAGAGGCCAGCACAGUGAUAAGUAACAGCUCAGGGGAGACGCUGGGAGCUGACAGUGACUUGAGUAGCACCGCUGGGGAGGGCUUGGGUGGCAGGCAUGCCCCCCAUCUCAACCUCUCCAGGGGAACACUGUCCGACAGCGAGGUUGAGACCAACCCGGCCACCAGCUCAGUGUUUGGUAAGACCCAAAAGAUGAAGCCUGGUGUGAAGGAGGCGAAGGCUAAACUUGUGCCUGUCGUGGCUAAGGGGCCUCCCACCCAGCCCUUGGAAGACAUCAGCAUGAGGAUUUACCUAUGUGAUGGCCUGCUGGGGCGCGACAAGAGCUCCAUGUGGGACCAGCUGGAGGAUGCUGCCAUGGAAACGUUCUCUCUGAGUAAGGAGCGCUCUACACUGUGGGACCAGGUUCAGUUCUGGGAGGAUGCUUACUUGGAUGCUGUCAUGUUGGAGAGGGAGGGGAUGGGUAUGGACCAGGGACCUCAAGAGAUGAUUGACAGAUACCUGUCACUCGGGGACCACGACCGUAAGCGCCUGGAGGACGAUGAGGACAGGCUGCUAGCUACUCUACUGCACAAUAUGAUUGCCUACAUGCUAAUGGUUAAGGUGAACAAGAAUGACAUCAGGAAGAAGGUGAGGCGUCUGAUGGGGAAGUCCCACAUCGGCCUUAGCCACAGCCAGGAGAUCAACGAGUGUCUAGACAAACUGGCUAAUUUGAAUGGUCGCGAGCUGUCCAUCAGACCUAGCGGAAGCCGUCACAUCAAGAAGCAGACCUUCGUGGUGCAUGCUGGGACUGAUACCACGGGGGACAUCUUCUUCAUGGAGGUGUGUGAUGACUGUAUAGUCCUGCGCAGCAACAUCGGCACAGUGUAUGAGCGCUGGUGGUACGAGAAGCUCAUCAACAUGACCUACUGCCCCAAGACCAAGGUCCUGUGUCUGUGGAGACGCAAUGGCCAGGAGACCCAACUCAACAAGUUCUACACCAAGAAGUGUCGCGAAUUGUAUUACUGUGUGAAGGACAGCAUGGAAAGAGCUGCUGCCCGACAGCAGAGCAUUAAACCAGGUCCAGAGCUGGGUGGAGAGUUCCCUGUGCAGGACAUGAAGACUGGCGAGGGAGGACUGCUGCAAGUCACCCUGGAAGGCAUCAACCUCAAAUUCAUGCACAGCCAGGAGCGGAAGGUUUUCAUAGAGCUGAAUCACAUUAAAAAGUGCAAUACUGUGAAGGGAGUCUUUGUCCUGGAGGAAUUUGUUCCUGAAACUAAGGAAGUGGUGAUCCACAAGUACAAGACACCCAUGGCACACCAGAUCUGUUACUCCGUCCUCUGCCUUUUCUCCUACGUGGCUGCGGUGAAGGGGAAGGAAGCAGAAGGCAAGCCCAAGCUUCUAUCUCCAAGACCCCUGGCCAGCUAGUCUACAACCCCUCCAAUCUACCCCCCCGUGCCUCUCACUCUGCAACAAAGUGGAAUCUCGGCCCUACUAUGACAUUGAGUUCUGACAAUCCUUGAUCCUACACACCUCUUUACUCCUCUUUGCACCCUGUAAGUACAUCUCCAAGAAAUACCCUCUACUCUUUGCGCCUUGCCAUGUAAGUAAAAUUCCUAUGGUGUGUGUAUGUACAUGUGAUCCCUGGUCUGUGGCAUCGUGUGUACACCCUUCCCAACCAUGGUCACGUCCACUAGGCUCCUCCCAUACAGGCCCAGCCUGAUGUCUUGGCCGUAAGCUUGCUUGAUCUUCAAGGCGACAGUUCGUUCCCCAUCUCUUUCUUCUCUCGUCCUGGCCUGCUGUCAAGGUCUUAUUGGUUGUUUUUAAUGGGAUGGAGACAGCAAGAGGGAGGGAUGUGAGCCACAGCUCUGCAAGUCGAUAAGAAAGCAACCAACCGCCCCGUCCACUCUCUGUGACUGUGUGAUGAAUAUUCUAUGUGGUACUACUGUAAAACUCCAGUCUGUCCAAACCGGUGAAACGUUUAAAAAGUACUCUAGUACUGACGGUUGUCACUUUGUUAAUAAAUGCUACUGUUGCAUGGUGCAUCAAACACUGCACGUAAAAGCUUUUAAGGUUUCAUUCCUUUUGAUCCCAAAAUAUCUUGUGUGGUCCAAGAUGUGUGCAUCUCUUUAGCUUGCCCAGUGUUGCGAAACUACUGUAGUAGUUCUACUGUCAAAUGUCUUGUCUGUGGUCCUCUGUAUUGAAUGUUACUAUGGAGAGAAAAAAUGCUGUACAUUUCAACAUAAGAUGUUUUGCAAAGUGUGGUUUAUUCACUAGAUGUGCAAUACUUUACGUAGUUAGCCAGAGCCAGAUCAUUGUUCUGUUGUUUUUUUUAAUCUUGGCAAUUCUGGCUUACACAGAGCAAAGAUUGUAAAAAAAGGACUUCAUUGUCGUACAUAUUUAUUGAAGUAAAUAAAUAUGACCUGUUUAUACUUGCGAAAUCACUAUUUGGAGAUUCUAGAGAUGUGUAAACCUACUGCUGUUAUGGUUUUGUCUGUUGGAGAGGUGUGUUAAGUCUUCAUGUUGUGUCUGUUGUAGUAAGAUAAAUCCAAUCUAGCCCCAUUUCAGCCCAAUUGUAAGUGGUGUGUAUGUGAGUGUAUACAUGCAUUGUAUUGUUUUGCCAGAUAAGCAAUAUAUGAAUAAUACAGCUAUAUGAUCAGGAUAUUGUUUUUAAUGUUUAUGUGGCUUUUAUUUUUUAGAGAUGAAAUGCGUGUGUAAGGAACAUAUUGUUACAACUUCCAUGAGGUAAUUAUUUAAGGUAUUUCAUUCUUGACAAUAAAAACACUGGUGUAAAUAUGAGAGUAACUGGAUGAGGAGUGUCUCAAAACAGUUUGAAGACAGUAACCGAACAUAAGGUAUUGUUUGUUAGACUAGUUACAUAUGAGAACAUUACAAAACAGGAGUAUUUGAAACAAACCAACCCAAUUAUUGUGCUAGCUAGCCUACUGCUGUUGAGAAAUUGUUGUAAAUAUGUGUUGGGAAAAAGUAUUUAUAGAACAUGUACAGCUUUGGCAAUAUCAAAAUAAAAGUUGUCAACCAAAGCCCUC